UUGAAAAAAAAAAACCAAAAUUGUAAUCAAGAAAACGCAAGUUUUAGGUAUGAGAAAGUUUGUCGGGUAGAAAGUGGUUGUACGUGUACAACGUUUAUUAGGGAUCCAAAAUGCUGUUGUGUUGGUAAAUCUGUUAUCGAAAUUCCACAAAAUCUAACAGAUAAUGUUCGCAGGCUAUUGCUGUAUAACGUUGGAAUUGGUCAUAUUGGAAAGAAUGCAUUGAGCAAAUACCGAUUUCUUCAAGAAAUCGCAAUCGAAGAGUCAUUUGCGCUGCAAUCAAUUGACGCCGAUGCAUUUGGCAAAUUAUACAAUCUUGGCAAAUUGUUAGUUCAGAAGGAAAGAUGUAUGCAAAUUUCAAUAUCUUUCCGGAUAAUGAAUAAUAAUGGUUUGGUACGUAUGCCAACAUUGGAAAUGACAACAAAACACCGUUUAGCGAUGGAAGUUGUUGAUUUUUCAUACAACCAUAUUGAAUAUCUUGGAGAUGGCCAACUUCGAGCUGUUCAUGCUAAUAAAAUUCGACUUAAUAAUAAUAAUUUACGAGAAAUUGGAAGUCAUGUUUUUGCUUACUGUCAAUUUUCUUUGCUGCAACUCAAUGAUAAUUUGGAACUGAGACGAUUGUCAAUUGACACGUUUGCUGAUAUUUCAUUUAUUAAACGUUUGGAUCUUUCACGUACAGGAAUCAGUGAACUUCCAACAAAUGGGCUUUCUCGAUUAGAAAGUUUGAAAUUAGAAGAUAUUGAAGAAUUAAAAAAACUUCCACCAAUUUUAGCGUUUACAUCACUCAAAAAAGUUGAAUUCACUUAUCCUUAUCACUGCUGCUUAUUUAAAUAUGCUUCAAAAGAGAUCAGCACAGCUGGUAAAGAAUUUACGAAAAAUUUGGAAGAGAUUAAAAAUCGAGAAUGUUCCAUUAAACUAGUUGAAAAAUUAAAACGUUUACGACGACAUAUCACACAUAGCGACCAUUCAUUGUUAUUAACGCAAGAUUCACGUGAAAAUCCAUUAGAUUUUUCUGAUCUUCUUCGUUGGUUUGAUUCUGUAAACGAAGGAAAUAUUACCAUUGAGAUAGAUGGUGAUCUCGAUCAGUUAGAACCAGAAUUUCAAGAUAGCGAUAUUGGACGUUUGACAACAUUAAAUUGCACCUCAAAUGCUGUUAGUGAAUUUUUUGCUUCUAUACAAUGCACGCCGAUGCCGAAUGCGCUUAAUCCUUGCGAAGACGUUAUUGGAUUUGAUUUUCUCCGCUGGAUAAUUUGGUUUGUAUGGAUUUCAGCAAUUGUUGGAAAUAUUGGAGUAUGGAUUGUUCUGUCACAAAUGCGACAAAAACGUAUGCAAGUACAUUACUUUUUCAUGGCUAAUUUAUCAACCGCAGAUUUGCUUACAGGUGUUUACCUUGGUAUAUUAGCAAUAGCUGAUUACAAGACAGCUAAUGAAUAUUAUAAUUAUGCAGUUGCUUGGCAAACUGGGAUUGGUUGUAAUAUUGUUGGCUUUAUAUCUGUUUUUGGAUCUGAAAUAUCAAUUAUGUCUAUGUUUCUAAUUGCUUUUGACAUGUGUUACAAUAUUAGGAAUGCAUUUUACGGAAAACGAUUACGUAUGAGAAUAGCUGUUUUAAUGAUGAGCGUAGCGUACGUCAUAGCAUUUACAAUGGCAAUAUUACCAAUUAUUGGCGUUUCAACUUAUAGUAGUUCGAGUAUUUGUUUACCUUUGUCGAUUGAAAGUAAAUUUGAUCGGGCAUAUAUAAUAACGAGUCUUAUAUUCAAUAUACUAGCAUUUUUGGGAAUGGCAAUCAGUUAUACAUUCAUCUUGACAAUUCUUCGAGAUCCAGAUCAGCCUAAACGACCGGAGGAUAAAGCUAUUAUUCUGAAAAUGGCUGCACUUGUUGGUACUGAGAUGAUUUGCUGGUUUCCAACACUUUUUUUUGGUAUCAAAAUUUCAUUGACGGUCUUCUCAGCCUACCAAAAAUGUUUGGUCUCACAGCUGCAAUGGGAUAUCCGUUGA